AUAUGCAGUGCAGCUGUGUGUCAUUUAUAACAGUUAGGAAUGCCUUAUCACCCAUCUUGAGGUUAUCGCUUAGCAUCUAAUCUACCAACAGCGUUGGAUGUAACAGUUUGCCUUGUAUAUAUCAGCAUGAAACGUGCACUUGUGUUAGCUUUUCUUGGUGUAGUCGCAGUAUCACAAUGCAAGAGACCGCCUUGGUACAAGCCUUGCUGGAUCUACCUGUGCGGCUUGGACUUGACUGACCCAGUGUGUGCCUGGGACCCUCACCGUGGUGCCAGACUCUUCCGUAACGACUGUGAGAUGGACCGUCACAACUUUUGCUACAAUCGGAAUUAUGCUAUCGUGGAAGCAGACAACAACUUGGAGGAAGACAUCAAGUUGUGCGCCAAGCUGAAGGGUAUGGUGCAGACAGCCGACAAGAGGCCCUCUGUGGUGAAGGAUGGAAACGUCAUGGUCCACUUCUUGUUAGAGAAACAUAAUUCUGAUAAGAAGGAUAAACCUUCCUGGUCUCUAAGUCAAGAACAUAGCAAGCAGUUAAGGUAUCAGACUCAAGAAAGGCACCGCAAUCAUCAUGGAGAGAGAAUAGACAGGAUCAAUAAUCAAUUCAGCGAUACCUUCUUGAACUCAGAGAGCUCAUAUGAGUCAUAAUGUUAUCUGGUAAUAAUUACACUCUAUAGAAAUGUAACAAUGGACGAAUACUAUCUCAUACUAUUUAUGAUAUAAUAUUAUAUAUUUAAUAUAUGAUUUUCCCAGCUGGUUCUAACGUUCAUCAUAUAAGUGUAACAAUACGAAUACUGUUUUAUUACUUAAACUACAAUAAGAUAGUGGGCAGUAUAGACGUAUUACAACAGUUUUUUUAGGUUCGUUAUUCUUGAAGAGAUUACAAAUAUUUGCCUAAGUGAAGAAGUUUUACGUGAAUAAUAAUAUCUUGUUUAAAACAUUUUAUCCAUUCUAUUAUUCUAACCGAAGAUGUACUUUUAAAAGUAAAAUUCUAGUAAUCACAAUUACUAUAUAUCUGCCACGGUUUAAUUGACAUGCUCAAUAGUGUUAAAGCUAAGUAUAAUUUAUAUAUUUGUAUUAUUAAGUUACAUUUUUACGUGUCAUAAUAUUUUAAAUAUUAGAACCUAAUACUUCUAUUAAUUAUUUAUCUAAAAAAAUUCUAAUUAAUAAUUGUUUUAUAAUGAUGUACACAAAAUAUACUUCUUUAAUUCCCUAAACGAAA